AUGCCCCCAACCCCCCUCUCCGCCUCCUCCGCCACAGCCGUCCAACAAACCUGCGCCGCCCACAACCUCACCCGCGACGAAUUCCACCAACUGCGCACCCACGCCCAAUCCGCCAAAGCCCAAGCCUACGCACCCUACAGCAACUUCCGCGUUGGCGCCGUCCUGCUUCUCGCUAGCGCUUCGCCUGCGACGGCCACGGGGGGGAAUGAAAGCAGUACUGGUGGGAACGAAAACCUCUACAUCAUCGGCGCCAACGUCGAGAAUGCGAGUUACCCGGUGACGACGUGUGCGGAGAGAGUGGCGUUUGGACGGGCGGUGGUGGAUGGACAUCGGGCGUUUAGGGCGGUUGCGGUGGCCACGGAUGCGGAUAGCCCCGCGAGUCCGUGUGGGAUGUGUCGGCAGUUUAUCCGCGAAUUCUGCGAACUGAGCACGCCUAUUAUCAUGUUUGACAAGAACAGCAACUUUGUGGUUAUGAAGCUGGAAGAGCUGCUCCCGCUCUCUUUCGGGCCGGAUAACUUGGGGGUUCCGGAUCCCGGGAAGCCUAAGGCGUAG